AUGACCGCGCGCUCCAAACCCACACUUCUUCUCGCCACCUCCACAUCCGACUCCGACCCUGAGGAUGACUUCUCAUCCCUUCCGUUCCCACAGCCUCUUCCCCGAUCUGCCUUCAUAACCACUGAUUUCUCUGCAUCAAGCUACCUUGCAAGCUUACACCGGCACCAAACACUCGAAGACCUUCGCGCUGAGCUACGAACAAGGUCGAAAGAUCUGGAACGGGAGCUUGUAGAGCUUGUAAAUCGCGAUUAUGCCGACUUUGUAGGUUUGGGAAGUAGCCUGAGGGGUGGUGAGGGUAAAGUUAACGACCUGAAGCUUGGAGUAAUGGGCUUUGCAAGGGAGAUUGAGGGCGUUAAAGAGAAGGUUGUGAAGGUUUCAAAUGAGAUGGAGAAAGAUAUGGUGGUUAAGAAAGAGAUCGCGAGAAAAAAGGCUCUUGCUCGAAAUCUAUUAACCUUUGACUCCCGUCUCUCACAACUCGAAUCUCUUCUACUAUUAAAAGGCCAGCAUGAAGCCGAUGAUCAUAUUCUAACCUUAGAUCUUGAUGAAACCUCAAACUCCUCACUUACUUCCUUACCACGGCUGCAGAAGCUAGUCACGUCAUAUUUGUACCUCAAACAUGUGCUCUCGAAGGUCCCCCCCACUCAUCCGUUUGUAAAGGCGCAAGGGAAAAGACUGAGACAAGCGAAGCAGACGCUCUCAGAUGAUCUCUCGAGAGCAUUGAAGGAAUGCAGAGCGGAACUGAAAGGCGAAGAGCAAGGCGAAGAUGAGAGGAAGGAGCUCGAGGGUCGAUUAGUAGAGAUACUAAAGCUCUGGAGCGAAGUAGGAGAGGCAAGGGACGCUGUCAAGUCAUUAAAGGGGAGAAAGUGA